AUGGCCUUCCAGAGCAGGGGCCCGCGGGCCUUCUCAGCCCUCAGCGGCUCGAUAUGCCUGUCCUGCCGCUCCGCAACGCAGUCGCUCGCGCGGCCCGCCUUCCUCGCCAGACCCUCCACCUCCACCUCCUCCUUCUCGACCACCGCCGCCCGCCGCGCCGACGACGACCCCCCCACCAACCAAUCGCCGGCCAGCGUCCUCUCCGCAGCGCUCCCCGCGAACCGGCGGCCGACGGGCUUCAACGGCUUCUCCGCCGGCGGCGGCUUCUCCGACAUGCUGAGCAACCGGACCGGCGUCGACUACCGGCCGGGCGAGGUCGCCCUCACCGAGGAGCCCGAGCCGUACCACCUGCACGUGCUGGCGACCAAGCACAACACGCACAUGACGCUCACGCGCCCGGACCGCAACGCCAUCAUCAGCGUCUCGGCCGGCAACAUCGGCUUCCGCAAGGCCGGCCGCAACAGCUUCGACGCCGCCUACCAGCUCGCCGCCUUCGUGCUGGGCAACAUCCAGGAGCGCGGCCUGCUGAUGGAGAUCAAGCGGCUCGAGCUCGUGUUCAGGGGCUUCGGUGACGGCAGGGAGGCGGUGCGGAAGGCCAUCAUGGGCUCCGAGGGCAUGAACAUCCGGAAUCGCAUCGUGAGGGUGACGGAUGCGACGAGGUUGAAGUUUGGUGGUACCAGGAGCCCGAAGCCGAGGAGAUUGGGUUAA